AUGGCAAGCCUCGUUGUGGAGUGGACCAAGGGCCUGCAAGACGAGGAAUUGGCUGAAGAGUCUGCCUCAAUUGCGGCCUUCGAUGAGGCCUACUACUUGAGGGAGCUGGCCAAGGAACUCUUCGAUCCAGACAAGUUCUCAGGGGUGUUCACGAGCGGAGGCAGCGGUCCUCCCAGGGAGGGCCGCCAGCUCAUAUACGAGCUGAGUGCGAAGCACCGCAACUGCCUGCUGCUGAACUACGCGAUCCAGAAGAUCCUGCAGGCGGGCCACGAGGACGAGGUGGCCAGUGUGGGCUCCAGCCUGGCGUCCUACUUUGGCGUGUUCCACCGCCUCAUGGCCAACCGGCUCAAGGAGGUCGCCCAGGCCGACGCCGACAGAGUGGACUCCCUAGCUGCAGAGCUCAAGGAGACAUGCUGUCAGGGGCAGCACACGUAUGUGCACGCGCAGCAGAUCCUGACGGAGCUGGGGCAGCAUCCGCGCGGCAGCCGCUUCCGACGGCUCAGCCAGGAGCUGGAGGCCCACGCGGCCGCGCAGCGUGGCGCCAUCGUUUGGCAGAUGCACGCCUGGUUUGCGGCAAAGAGCAGCUCAGAGCCUGAGGUAGCGGCGGAGGCGGCAGUGGCGCAAUUGCUGAGCGCCGCGGAGGCGCGCAGGCAGGGGCGGCCGGAAGGCAACGCUGCGUGGCGGCCGGCCCCACCGCUGGGAAACCGCGGGGGCCCUGCCGGGCCUAAUCAGGCCAUGCAACGCCUGCAUGCGCUGUACAGCGCCGACACCCCGCCGCCCAUCAACACCAUAAGGCAUCCACAGGUGUUCAAGGUGCUCUUGGACGGCCUGUUCAUGCCGGGCGCGCAGCUGGCGUCCGAGGAUCACGAAGCACACGUGGAACUGCUCGCCCUGGCAGCUGCCGCAGUAGAUGACAGGCCUUCAGGCAGGCUGGAUCUGGAGGAUGUGGACGUCACCAAGGUGGCCCUGCAGCAAGCACACGCCGUAGCGCAGAGCGCUGCCAUGGGUGUCCGCUUUGGGCCGCGAGAGCAGGUGCAAGCAGAGGCGGCGGCGCAGUGCGCGGUGGCGGCUGCGGGGCUGAUGCGAGCAAUGGCGCGUCCCCUGGGCAGCGCGCAGUACUGGCGCGAGUACCACGGCUCGGCCGCGCCCGCAUUCCUCACCCUCCUCUCGCUCAUCAUCCCCCAGCAGCCCGCCCUCAACCCCCAGGCCGUGGACAUCAUUGCCGCUGCCCUGAAGGCGAUGGGGAAUGCCAAGCCGGACAUCGCGCGGACACUGCUCGAGCUAGGAGUGGCUGUGCUGGCAGCCGGGCAGGUCAUGCGCAUGCUGUCAGCAGGGAAAAGAGGGAGUCUGACAGAGUUUGACAAUACUGCUGCAGCGGAGCAGUGGGCAAAGACGGCGGAUCCCUCACUUGUGCGACACUUCAUCUUCUGUGUUCUGGCAGCCGUCUCUCCGCCAUUCUCAUCACAGUUUGCCUCGCCCAUCAUCAGGCUGAUGCAGGCGAGCGGGGUGAAGCGCAGCCGGGCAGGGGUGCGCGAGGGGCAGCGAGUCGAGCAGCUCGAGGAGUUUGCCGCCGCAUGCGCGCACGUCGACUUCCGGCCGCCGCUGUCCGCCAAGCAGGCGGCGUUCCUGCACAGCCUGCAGGCCGAACGCCUCUAUUAG